GCUUCGCAUUCAAUUUCUUCUCUUCUUUGCGCGCGGUUCGUUCACUGGUAAAAAUAAUCGUCCCGUAGUCCCGAGAUCCGUUUGUUAUUCCGACUCGAAUAAAAUCUAUCAAAUAAACAAAAAAGGAAUCCUUCGAGAAGAGAAAAACGUGUUAAAAAUAGCAACAAAAAAAUAAAGAAACAAAAAAGUGUGCAAUAAGUAAAGAAAGUAGAGACCCCAAAGAAAGUUGAAAGUUGUAAACCAGAAUCUCGUCGAGAACAUAACAAGAAAAGUCCACAAAAAAAAACAUACACACAUACGCAAAAAUGAGUGUCUGUGAAAGCAAAACCGUUGUGCAACAGCAACUGCACCAACACUUGGAGCAACAAGCAGCCGCUGCAGCCGUUGUUGCGGUGGCGCAGCAGCAUCAGGCUCACGCUCAAGCCCUGGCGCAGCAACAGCAGCAGGCGCCGCAGGUGGUGGUCCCCAUGGCCCCGCAGCAUUUGACCCCGCAGCAGCAGCAGCAGAGCACACAGAGCAUCGCCGAUUAUUUGGCCCAGUUGCUCAAGGAUCGCAAGCAGCUGGCCGCCUUCCCCAAUGUUUUUACUCAUGUUGAAAGGCUCCUGGACGAAGAAAUUGCACGCGUACGCGCCUCCCUGUUCCAGAUCAAUGGGGUCAAGAAGGAGCCCCUGACUCUGCCCGAGCCCGAGGGAUCGGUGGUGACGAUGAACGAGAAGGUUUAUGUGCCAGUACGCGAACAUCCAGAUUUCAACUUUGUCGGUCGCAUUUUGGGACCCCGCGGCAUGACCGCCAAGCAAUUGGAGCAGGAGACUGGUUGCAAGAUCAUGGUCCGAGGCAAGGGCUCGAUGCGCGACAAGAAGAAGGAGGAUGCCAACCGUGGCAAGCCUAACUGGGAGCAUUUGUCCGAUGACCUGCAUGUCCUGAUAACCGUCGAGGACACCGAGAACCGUGCCACAGUCAAGUUGGCCCAGGCCGUUGCCGAAGUUCAGAAGUUGCUCGUGCCGCAAGCCGAAGGCGAAGAUGAGCUAAAGAAACGUCAACUUAUGGAAUUGGCGAUUAUUAACGGCACUUAUAGGGACACAACAGCGAAAUCUGUCGCAGCUUUUUCAUGCGUUGGCUCUGCUUCUUAUCUGUAUCCCGCAGUGUGCGAUGAGGAGUGGCGCCGCCUGAUGGCCACCUCUGAUAGCCGCCUAUUGACGCCCACCGGCCUGCCCGGCCUAGCUGCCCAAAUACGUGCCCCUGCCACCGCCCCGCUGGGCGCACCAUUGAUUCUCAAUCCCAGAAUGACCGUACCAACGACAGCGGCCAGCAUACUGUCCGCCCAGGCAGCCCCCACAGCCGCCUUUGACCAGACCGGCCAUGGAAUGAUCUUCGCACCGUACGAUUAUGCGAACUAUGCCGCCCUCACUGGCAAUCCUCUGCUCACGGAAUAUGCUGAUCAUAGCGGCGCCAUUAAGCAGCAGCGUCGUUUGGCGACUAACCGCGAACAUCCCUAUCAGCGAGCAACGGUCGGAGUGCCAGCCAAGCCGGCGGGUUUCAUUGAGAUACAGUAAAUACUCGUUAACAGUAAAUCAAAAGAAGUCCAAAAGUAACCUUUAUUUUUCAUAUCAACAGUAACAGCUGAAGCACUCUUUUUUUAAUAUCAAUAAUUUCCAAAAGAAAAACGAACGAUUGUGUUUUUGGCCUGCUUUUAGAUUAUGUUCACCAGGCAGCGUCCAUCAAUUUAGUUCAAUUAUUUUUUAACAUUUUUGCUAUUUAUUUAAACAAAAACAACAACAAGCUGCUCUUUAAGUAAUUUUCUUUAAAAUAAAAAAAACAAAACUGUAUAUCCGAUGAAACCUGGCUGGGAAACGUUGGCCCGGCCAGGCCGCUCUGCCCCUGAUCAGAGUUCCGCAAAAGAAAUUGUCAAGCGCACCGCCUCCACAGAAGAGCACGGAGUGAAAGUAGCAACAGCAGCAGCAGCAUCUAAGCAGAGCCAAGUGUGUGUUGUGUUUGUGCACAUCUCUGAAGCUAACAAAAGAUAUAUCUAAAAAAAAAAACAUAACUAAAAGCCAGAAAAAACUGUCACUCAUACAACUACUAAAACAACACUCAACACUCUUUGCCACACAACCAGCAGAUGCGGCACUUGCAACACAGCGACAGCAACAGAACAGCAGCAACAUCAGUAUGUAUUGAAUCUUGUGGCCAUUAAACACUGUUACGUUUUGCCAGCAAACAAAGCAAAGCAAUUAAGCAAACAAUCGAUAAGAGAAUCAAACAUAGAACUUAGUUUAAUUAACAUAAUCUAAAGGAAAAUACAAGUUAGUUAUUAGUCUAAAAGUUCAACGAACAAAAACAUACUUAAUGCAAAAACACAUAUAUAUAUAUGUUACUAUAUAUAUUUAUAUAAUAUGCAUAUACAAGUCUGUAUAUAAUUACCCCCCCCAAGAAGAAAAAAACCCCCUUAAUGGAAAUAAGUAAAAUCAUGUUAACGGAAUCUCAUCCAAGAAACUCUACUCAACAUAAAGAAACUGUUUUAAUUUUUUUUAAUAUAACUGCACUUUUAACUCAAAUCGGAAAAAUGAAUCUUAGAAAUUUUCUCAUAUUUUUUGCUUUAAAAAACUUUUAAGAAUCGGGCUUAAGAUUAACACCUUUUCAGCCUAUUCUAUUAUUUUUUGUUAAACUGACGCAAAUUCUUGUUAAUGAAGUAUUUUUUGAUUAUGUUAUAUAUCUAUAUAUCUUCUAUAUUUCCCCAUUACGCAACCCCACCACAAAAUGAUUGUGUGAAAAUGUAGGUGGGGUGCGGAAAGGGAAACAAUAUCAUGCUAAAAAAAAAAAACAAAACACAUUUAACAGCCAUAUUUAGUUAAUGAAACCAACACAUAAUAUGAUGCUAGAUAGCAUCGGGCAUUCAUAAUGUACAAUUAAACGCUAAACUUAAAUUAUUUUAAAUAUUUUAAAGCUAAUUAAUUAUGUAUUAUAUGCAGAAAUAAACAAAAAAAAAAACAACAAACUUACUUUUUUAAACGAAUAAAUGUUCUUGAAAGCGAUAAAGUAGAAUUCUUUAAUUUGAAAUAAAUAAAACUUGUUAAAACUGAAAAUAUUUAACUAUUAUUUUUUUAAAACUGUAAAUGAGAGAUAUAAAAUAAAUGCAGAACGUUGAUUAGCAAAGAACAAAAAGUAGAGAGAGAGCGAAAGUGAAUUGCAUUUAAUUGAUGGUACAAAGCAGCCGCUGCUUGCAAACUUUUAUUUUGAAUUAAAGAAUUUUAAACAAUUUUUGUUGCAAAAAAGAAGAAAUGUUAUUAAUAUGUGCCUUAAACAAAUUGUGUAAUCGGCACCAAUCAAAAUAAUCUUUAAAAAUAAAAUAUUAAUACAAAAAAAAAAAAAAGAAAAGAAAAGAUCAGAAAGUAUAGAGAAAACACUGUUGAAAUUAUUCUGCAAAAUGUGAGACUUAUACUCAGAAACAAAAAACGAAGUUCAACCGUACUGGCAGUUGAUCUAACCUUAUAAUAUAUAUAUUUAAUAAACAUAAUCAUAAUGUAUAAUUCUUAUUUAUAAUAUAUAUAACAAACGGCAAUCGUGCAAUCGUGGCAAACCUUGCUUAUGAUUAGUUCUGAAUUGAUUUUAACACAAAAGGACAUGUAAUUCUCUCGAUGAUUGUGUAACCAGAAAGAAAGGAUAAACCUUUAGCUAUAUUCUCAUAACAUUAAUCGAAUGCUGUGCACCUUUAAUAACGCACCUGAAACAUUAUAUAUUCAUCAUCCAAUGCCAGCAUUAAAAUUUUAACUGCAUAAAUGAAGAGAAUCACUGAUUUAUUGUGAGAUAAUCCAUAUGUUCAAAACCUAAUAAAAUAUAUCAAAUACGCACAUGUAAUUAAUGGCAUAUGUACGAGUGUAUGUAUGUACGAUUAUGUAUAACUUUUUGCAUAAAUAAAUGUUUAUAAAAAAAAUAA